UUCCUACCAAACGCAAACAACAAUGGCAGACGAUCUGAGAAGCAGGAUGAUGGGACAAACUCAAGAGCAAAAUCAGAGUGUGAUGAAGACGAUGAUAUUGUUCAGCAUGGCAAUGCUCUUCCUUCCAGUAUUCACCUACUUUUCCGCAAAAAGUUUCUUUUUUGAAGGAUUCCUUGGGAUGACGAGUCAGAACAGUUAUUUUUACUCUGCCUUUGUCGCCAUAACAGUAGUACACAUUUUAUUAGGACUAUUCGUGUAUAAGGCAUUCACAGAAGGAACUCCAACAGCAACCUUAAAGACAGACUAGGAGGAAGCUGACAUGUAAUUAGGAGUAUGUGAGACCAAGGACGUGUCAUUGGGAGUAUGUGAGACCAAGGACGUGUGAUUCAGAGAGUACUGUGAGAUCACAGGCUCAUCAUUUAGAGAGUGUGAGGGGAUAUAAGAAUAGAAUGACAUUUAUAUCGAAAUUUCCAAAAACAGUGUUGUCAUUAAGUUAUAAAAAUCAUGUGGUGCUUUUAACUGCAAUGUUGAUUGAUAUUAAUUAUGAUUAUGAUUUCCAUGAUGAUUAUGCAUUAAAAUGUCAGCAGUG